CAUUCUUGAUCCCUUUGUCCUGAACAUACUGCCGCAGUCGUUGGGCCCGUUCGCCUUGUACGUCAGUGCAGUAGCUGUGGGAGCUUGGUUUCUCUCGGGGUACAUUUAUCGCUGGCUGCUCUCCAUUUCAGCUGAGCUGCCUAGCAAACCGCAUACCGAUUGAGCAGACCUCUUCGCAUAUCGACCUGAUCUUCAGGAUAUACCAUCUGCGCGAACAUGUCCACGGCAGCUGGAGCGCCUCCACCUCCGCCUCCACCGCCACCCCCCAGAGCCCCAAACUUUGAUGACCUCCCAGCGGAGCUCCUCCUCAUGAUUUACGAAUACAUAGGUCUCUCAAACUACAUGAACCUUGCCCUAGCAAUCUAUCCAAGCCUGCAGCGCCACGGAUUAGUCCCGGUUCUUACAGUCGAGACGCUCAUUCGCAUAAUAAACGAGUGGCAAUACGCUGGCCUCAUACCAAGCGACGCCCAAAACGCUGCGUCGAGGAUGCCAACCGAGCUGUGGCUGCAGAUCGCGGGCUACCUAGAACCGGCCGACACGUUUACCUUGGUCUUCGGAAUUGGGAACCAUUUCUACCGCUUCUGGCAACGACCCACUAAGGAAACUAUCUCAAGGUUGCGUAUCUGGAGUCGCCGAUCUAGGAAAAAGUGAUCAGAGAGAUGCGCAAAGACGUUUCUUAGGACCGGGGCUGAAAUAGGUAAUGCAAGUCAUGGAGAAUGCGGUAGUCUCGGGACAACGUUUCUUGGGAAUAGCUUGUGUCAAAGGGCUUGAGCAAGCUAGCUUUCGUCGUAUGAUGAACGCAUUAGAAUGGCAAUAAGUUGUUCAGACGUGACCCACUAUGAAUACCAAAGAAUUACACUAUUCCAUACAAACGCCACGCUAUGCAUUGGAA